UACCCUUCUAAAACUACUCACAUACUGCGAGCAAAUGAAAAUACAAUCGCGAACAGAAUUUCACAGUCAGCGUUGCCACUUCGGUGUCUGCUGGGCUCAGAAGUUUCGCAGAAUCGAAGCACUGGCGCCCAAGGGAGUGAAGACCGGCACGGCAGACGACCAUGAAGUAUUCCCUGGCGCUGUUUCUGGUGGCGGCCGUGUGUCUUCUCCCCGGUCUCUGCCUCGAGGUCUGGAACACAGCGAACGACUACAUGAGCUUCGCGGUAAUCAAAAGUUGUCUGGGCGAAGAAUUAGCCGUUCAGAUGCAAAGGAAGGGGACUUUCCUUGGUCGGGAAUGUCUUCAGAAACUGGAAUCAGAGCCCGAGAGCCAACACACCCGCAACAGGAGGAAUAUAUUGAAGAUGCCCCCCAACCCUUCAGUCGGUCUUCAAAUGUGCAACAUGAAAGCAUGGGAUAUGCUCAGCGGAGACGGCACAAUACAGUUCGAAAAGGUGGAGGCAUUCUUUCGAAAUGUCUCCCAUGACCAGACACUCCAAGACGAUUUUCUACAGCUCUCCCUUUCUUGCAAAACGUCUUCCCCGCCUACAGCAGGACUACAAGAAGAUCAGAUAUACAUUGCUGUAGUCAGUUAUCUGCGUUGUUUGAACGCGGGAGGUUUGAAGGCCUGCAUGGACUACGAACACAGGAGAUAUUUUAAUGACUUGUAGAGCGAUGUGGAGAAGUCAGAACUACAUUGGUUGAUAGUAAUGGUGAAGAAAUGAUAAGGAUGAAGAUGGAUAUGAUGAUUUAUAUGCAGUUGUAAUGAGGUUAGUGGUGGUGGUGGUAGCGAAGACACAUCUGCUCUAGUAUAAAACAUUUUACACUGCUCUUGUACAGACAAAGGAUGAUUUAACCCAUUCGCCCCAUCUGGCAAGAAUACAUGCCAUGCCCACUGUAAUACACGUUUAUUUAUUUUAUUUACACAUAGAUGGCUCUACAAGUUCUUAAUCACCAAAUAGGCAGUUAUCAGAUCUACCUAUCUCAGCUGUUUACCCUUUUCCUUCAAUUUGGGAAAGGGUCGCUUGUAUCAUUUCACUGUCCAAAAUAUUUGAAUGACGAUUUAAUAAUCAUAACAUCAGUAAAAAUAAUACCAGUAUCGAUAGCAAUGAUAUAAUAAGAAAAACACAUUUUCCCGCCAAUUCAAGGAAUGGGGAAAUCAGGAUCGGUCACUAGGACCUACUGAUAGACUCCUUGCCGGCUGAGCACAUGUGGAGCCAUCUGUAUGUAACAAAAUUCACCAAAAAAGCUACAGGGGACAGAACAUAAAUCCGGGGCGAAUGGGUUAAGUGACAGAUAUUUUAAUAUUGUGCAGCCUCUAAGUAUGUCUGUUGCUACGAUGUUCCUUUUUUUCCCCUUUUCUAUGUAGUUUAUAAACUAUUAAUGUUUGUAAUAACAUCAACAAUUGCAAUAAGAAUAAAAAUAAUAAUAAUCAGUGAUAAUAAAUAAAAAAAACAA